AUGGGAAGGAUGAAUGAGGGAGGUGGAGCUGGUUGGGGGCGGGUUUCACUCCGGAUUCAUGGGCUGACAAAGGAAACAGGAAGAGAAGACAAAGGGUCCACGCCGCAGCAGCGGUACAAAGACAGCCCAGCAAUGGCUUCAGGAACAGCUUUGAUUUACGAUGAUGAAAUGACAAGUUACAAACUACUUUGGGAUGACCCUGAGUGUGAUAUUGAAGUGCCGGAAAGAUUGUUAUCCUCCUAUGAGCAACUUAAACAUUAUCAUCUUGUGGAAAGAUGUAUCCAUGUACCUGUCAGGGAAGGAACCGAAGAAGAAAUUAUGUUGGUUCACAGUUCAGAAUACUUGGAAGUUGUAAAGAGCACCCAGACAAUGAAUGAAGAAGAACUCCGAAGAGUCUCAGAAAAUUAUGAUGCUGUUUACUUUCAUCCGAAUACUUACCGCUGUGCUAAGCUAGCAGUAGGAGCAACUUUGCAACUGGUGGACUCUGUGAUAUCAGGAAAAGUGCGCAAUGGAAUGGCAUUAGUAAGGCCUCCAGGUCAUCACAGCCAGCGAAAUGCAGCCAAUGGAUUCUGUGUGUUCAAUAAUGUUGCUAUUGCAGCUCAAUAUGCCAAAAGAAGAUAUGGUCUUCAGAGAAUUCUCAUUGUUGACUGGGAUGUGCACCAUGGACAAGGAAUUCAAUAUGUAUUUGAAGAGGAUCCCAGUGUUCUCUAUUACUCCUGGCAUCGCUAUGAACAUCAGCAAUUCUGGCCCUUGCUCAGAGAAUCUGAUUAUGAUGCUGUUGGUCAGGGAAAAGGAAAGGGAUUCAAUUUAAAUGUACCUUGGAAUAAGGUUGGAAUGGGGAAUUCCGAUUAUCUAGCUGCAUUUUUCCAUGUGUUGCUUCCAGUUGCUUUUGAGUUUGUUCCAGAACUUAUUCUGGUCUCUUCUGGAUAUGAUUCAGGAAUUGGUGACCCUGAGGGUCAGAUGAAUGCUACUCCGGAGUGUUUUGCUCACCUUACACAUUUCCUAAUGCAGUUAGCUAAUGGAAGGGUGUGUGCAGUUCUAGAGGGUGGAUACCAUUUGAAAUCAUUGUCUGAAUCAGUCUGCAUGACUGUAAAAACUUUGCUUAGAGACCCUCUCCCCCAGAUCGCUGGAGAAAUGGCACCAUGCUUAAGUGCUGUUGAGUCUAUACAAAAUGUGAGAGCUGCACAUAAACCAUACUGGAAAUGUUUGAUGUAUGAAGAAGCAACUCCUUUACACAAUCUCAGCACCAAAUCACAACAGAUGAUGGAGGCUGAGCUAAUUCAAACUAGUACACAUCCCACAGCAAAGCAAGUGGUUGGGACAACUAACAGUGAUGAAGCCAUCAAAACAGACCGGUUUUUGGAAUCACACAUGAAAAAAAUUCUCUUUCCAGUGCCUCCUGUUAAAACAGCAGCAGCAAUUGUCUCUAAAGUUGAUGCACAUUUGCUACCACUAUCUGUUCAAGUGGAGAUGGAAAUGAAUGCACAAGAACUGAAAACUCUCGUCAGUGCAUUUGAUGCGGAACUUGUGAAGGAAGAGAAAGCUUUACUCUCUCUUCAGAAUGUGCUGGCUGUCCUAGAUAAAAUACUAAAGAAAAAGGUGUGCAAUGGAAUUGCAGAAUCAUCUAUGGCUUCUGUUUCUACUACCUUUGCACUAAAGCACUGCUUUGAUUUUGGAUUACAAAGAGUGCUCUGCAUAAUUGUUGGAGACAUGGAUCUUGAACUCGACUUAGAUGAUGGAAAAAUACUUUUGAUGAACAUUUGCCAGAAACAACAAACUGAAAAGACUAACUCCAAAUACCAUAUUUCUCUGAAUUGGAAAGAGGAUGCUGGAAGAAACAAUUUCUUUUGUGCUGUACUUGGAUUCAUUCUUCCUGUAGCGUAUAGCUAUCAACCUGACUUAAUGAUAAUAGUCAUUGGACCAAACAGGAGCCUUGGUGUAAAUGCGAUUUCUCUGCUUACUUGUUUACUGCAAGGAUUAGCUGAGUCUCGAAUUCUUGUGGUAAUACAGGACACAGAAAUAAAACUAGUGCAAAGUGUGGCCAAAGCCUUAUCAGGUGUUUCUACACCUGACUUUGGAGCCUACGCACCUGCUUCCCAAGAAAAUUUUCUUGAAAUAAAACGAUUAAGAGACCAACUUCAACAGGAAUGGAAAAUGCUUCGAUGUUCAGUAAAGGACUGGAUUUCUGGAAGCUGAGGUCACUUGACUACCUUUGGGCUCUAUCAUUUA